UGGUAAUGAUAGCUGUUAGACAAGUUGAACUUAAGAAGGCAGAUCUAUUGAUAUCUCACGCUAAAAUAAGGCGUAUCCGUUUUUUUUGUUUCGUGAGGUUGUUAGACAUUAAAAAAGCAUAUUAAUUGUUCAGGAUCAUCAUGCCACAAAACAUUUUAAGAUAGGUUUGAGCUUUAAGGUGUUGAUAGCUGGUAACACUUGAAAAAACAUUAGCCAUGAAACGUGCAUUGAGGAUUUUCUUUAUUCUCUUUAUUAACAUAUGUUUAUCUAAAAGUGCAUUGAGUGGAAAAGUAUUGGUGUGGCCUGCAGAGUACAGUCACUGGAAUAAUAUUAAAUUUAUUUUGGACGCGCUUAUCAACAGAGGUCACAACGCAACAGUCUUACGGCAUACAGCUUCAGGCAUCAUCAACGAUACGCAAGGUAUUUUCUUUGAAGAUUUCAAAGUACCGUUUCCAAAGAUUGCUUUCUCAAAUCAUUUUUAUAAGGCAUUUGAAUUUAUGACAUAUGAAUUACCUAAUUUGUCUGCAGUACAGGCAGCAUUGAAAUUACAGAACCUGUUUAAAGACUUUACAGAUUUUUUAAAACAAAUUUGUGAUGGGGUACUCAAAAAUGAAGAACUGCUUGAUAAAUUACGUCAAUCCCAAUUUGAUGUCCUCCUUUCUGAUCCAAUGAAUAUCUGUGGUGAGCUCAUAGCUGAUAAGCUGGGGAUUCCAUUCAUUUACACAUUUAGAUUCUCUUUUGGUAACACAAUAGAAAGACUCUGUGGACAGAUUCCUGCUCCUGCUUCUUAUGUCCCUGGGAUACCUACCCUGUACACAGAUAAAAUGAACUUUGUGGAAAGAAUGAGCAACUUGUUGCUUUAUUUAUGCCAAGACUUUUUAUUUUAUGAAUUCGGAAUUUUAAACUGGGAUCCAUACUUUACUGAAGUUUCAGAUACCAGCCACUGGAUCAGCUUGCAAGCCGUUACCGAAUCGCUGGUUGCAAGAGGCCAUGCGGUGACCGUUUUAGUUCACUCCGCCACCAAGUUUGUGAAGCACCAGGAAAGCGCGGGGUACGAUGUGGAAGUGUUCGAUGUCUCCUUCACAAGCCAGGAGGUGGAUGGCCUUCUGGAGCAGAUGCUGUCGGUCAACGUGUACGAAUAUUCAUCGCUGUCAUACUGGCAGCUGCUGUCAAGAAAUAGCGGCAUCAUGCACAACUUCACGGCGCUACACAAACACGUCUGCGAUGGCUUGUUCGGGAACCGCGCCCUGCUGGAGAAGCUGCGCGCCUCUCGCUUCGACGUGCUGCUUUCCGACCCGGUCUUCUUUUGCAGCGAGUUGAUUGCAGUUAAAUUCGGUAUCCCGUUCAUCUACACCCUGCGCUUCUCGAUGGCCUACACGAUCGAGCGACUGUGCGGCCAGAUGCCGGCGCCACCGUCCUUCGUGCCGGCUGUUCCCACACUUUACACGGACAAAAUGAGUUUUCUACAGCGGUCCGUCAACUUUUUCUCCUUCAUGGCUCAGGAUGUCCUGUUCACGACGAUGGGCUCAUGGAACUGGAACGCAUACUACAGUGACAUGUUGGGGAGACCCACCAGCCUCUGUGAAAUGAUGGGGAAGGCUGAAAUCUGGCUGAUAAGAACAUACUGGGACUUUGAAUUUCCGAGACCUUAUCUUCCUAAUUUUCAGUUUGUUGGAGGACUUCACUGUAGGCCAGCCAAGCCUUUGCCUGAGGAUAUGGAGGAAUUUGUUCAAAGUUCUGGAGAUCACGGCAUCGUGGUGCUCACUUUUGGCUCAAUGAUUAAAAAUCUCACCAGGGAAAAGGCAAACUUGAUAGCAUCAGCUCUAGGGCAAAUACCUCAGAAGGUUCUGUGGAGGUACAGCGGUGAGACUCCAGAAACAUUGGCCCCCAACACUCGGCAGUAUAAUUGGAUCCCCCAAAAUGACCUUCUCGGUCAUCCAAAAACAAGGGCUUUCAUCACCCAUGGAGGAACAAAUGGUAUUUAUGAAGCUAUUUACCAUGGCAUUCCAAUGGUUGGCAUUCCAAUGUUUGGAGAUCAGCCUGAUAAUAUGGUUCACAUGAAAGCUAAAGGCGCAGCAGUUGUUGUCAACUUCAACACCAUGACAAGUCAAGAUUUGGUAGAUGCCUUAAAUACUGUGAUAAACAAUCCAACGUAUAAAGAAAGUGCUAUGAAGCUGUCCAGGAUACACCAUGACCAGCCAGUGAAACCUUUGGACACAGCUGUGUUUUGGAUUGAGUUUGUAAUGCGCCAUAAGGGAGCCAAGCACCUGAGGCCUGCAGCUCACAACCUCACGUGGUACCAGUACCACUGCCUGGAUGUGAUUGCAUUCCUUUUAGUUUGCAUUCUUACUUCAGUGAUUAUCACGUACAAAUGUUGCAUUUUCUGUUUCCGAAAAUGCUGCAAGAGGUCAGUGAAAAAAAGUAAACGUGAGUGAUGACAGAAUAUACUGUACAUUUUUUUAUAUAUAUAUAUAUAUAUAUAUAUAUAUAUAUAUAUAUAUUUUAGUCCUAUACAUUCUGUUGGGUAAAUCAGGGGAACCAAUAAGAAGUUAUUAAAUAUUUUAGUAGAACUAGGAUAUCUUGAUGUAGACAGCCUUGGAAGGGAUGAUGGAGAAAAAGAAAUCUCAGGACUUUUAUUUUUUAAUUUAUGAUCUGUACAAUUAAACUAUUUUGGUCAAAAAUCCUCAUGGUAGCCACAGACAAAGGCUGUUUUCAUAUUAAAAGACGCACACCUGAUUAAAGCCAUAUGGCCAAAACACUGUGAUUCACACCUAAUUUUUUAGCAUGGAAAUAAACUUUUAUCUCGUUUUCCUUUUUCAAAUAGAGUAGAAGCUGAAUCGGCUCCUCUUCAUUGUCUGCAAGCAUUUACAGCCUUACAGGAGCUCAUCCACUGUCAGAGUAGGUCAGCUAUGGCGGUAGACUCAACAGUCAGGCAAUGAUGCUCUUCCAUGAUGCUGCUUUACUUUACGUACUAAUUUAUGAUAUUGCAGAUCUCGUUCCAAAUCAAGCAGGUUAAGAAGAAGAAAAAAAAAAAUAAACUUGGGGUACCAGUUGGCAAACAUGCCUCUUUAGCACUGUGAUACACAUGCCGUUUCAUGCACUUCUUCAUUCUCAGGGUGCUGUUACCAAAGCGUGCAGACGACUGCCAGUCUGUUUCCUUAUUUGCUUUGCUAGCUGCAUCGUCACUCUUUAUCCCCAAUGUGCAUUACUUUAAUUCCCAAUUUAUUUUCUUUUGUUACAAAUAAAGCUGAAAUCCUAUAUUUUCUUAAUUAUGACACACUUGACCAACAUGAAGUGCUAAUGCAUCACCUGAGCAUACUUCAAGAAAGUUGUAAUAAUGUGUUUAUUUACUGCUUGAUUAAUUGUUAAUUGGAACAAAUGUAUGGAUAAUGCAACAAGAGAGGGAGUCCACAGACAUUCUAAAACGCACAAGUCUAGAGAGUCUCUGUGAGGUUUUGUGCAGGCACAGACUUUUGCUUUCAUUUUAUGCAGUUAUGGAAACACUGUCCAUCACCGCAUUUGUAGUACUUCUCACUUAUGGGCUUUCCUACAUUAUUACAUAGAGCAAUUGAAGCACACUUCAUGGAGGGCAAGCACAGCUAAUUCCAGUAAUUAGACCAAAUAAGUUAACGCAUUGGCAGUCACAGAGGAUCAUCCAAACAAAAAAUUUUAACUUAAUUAGCAAGAAAAAUAUAUUUCCAGGCAUAUAAUUCUGGAUUAAGAUAAAGUUGCAGCAGGCCAUACACAGACAUGAGUGCAACUGUCUACAACUAUGCGGGUGGUGUUUGCUACGCCAUCAUUGACAUUGUCACAUGCUUUAGAAUCUUAAACAGACUACAAAAAGAUUUAAAAAUUAAAAAUUUGCUAGGACUGCAAGUACAAUUGAUGAGCAAAUGCAAGAAGAAGGAGUCGGAGGAGUAGCCAUUUCUUGAUAGGCCAUGUCCUACAUACAGAACGUUACUUUGAGGAAACUUGAAAUGUUACACGGGAAAUGAAUAGAAAAGCUAAAAUAUGACAUUAAGGAGUCAAACCACAUUGAAGUCAGCACAUUGGAUAGCAGUAAGCAGGAUUAAAUAGACAACAUUAAUUCAGUUGAAAACUGCAAUAAAGCAUCACUGACUGAAUUAGCAGCUGAAGCAGUUGUAGGUUGUGCCACAGCAGCACAGACAGCAGUCGUAACAACUGUGACAUUUAUUUAUGUAGCACAUUUUGUACAUUGAAUAUUUAAUGCAGCUCAAUGUGCAUAUGGCAAUCAGUUAGAUUAUAUACCUAGAAAAUGGGAAAAAAAAAUAGAGGCGUCACAUUUUUUUUACUUAUUUCAAAACAUUGAAUCAUUGUGAGGGAAGUCUGGGCAUCUCUGCUCAAGCUGCUGCCCCCGCGACCCGACCUCGGGUAAGCAGAAGAGGAUGGAUGGAUGAAUCAAUCAUUCUUCCUCAUCACAACAUUGUGUUCAUUGAAUUUGAUUUGGAUAAGUUAAAACUAAUAGACCAUUACAACAUAUCACAGAAAUCAUCAAAAUGAAAAAUUAAGCCCAUAAAUCAAAUUAUUGAUUAUUCCUUAUUAAUAUCACAGUCCAUUCUCGUUAUCCACUUUCCUGGGUAAAAAUGGGUUUAGGAUCCAGCAGACCCAAUUCACUAUAAACGUUUGCUAACCUUUACCAUAAACACAUAAUUUCCUGUGCCAUUCCUGUAAGGUUUAUAUGAAGGUAUUUUGAUCUUGUUUUUAACAAAAAUGAAAAAUGUAAAAGCAUAAAAGAAUUCAAAUUUAAAAUGUGAGUAGCGCACUUUAACAUCAAAAUGCAACAAUAAAAUGAAUACAGUAGUUUAAAAAUCUCUUGCAUAAAAGAAGUCUGACAUAAAACGUGAAAACAUACUUUAAAAGCAGAAUGUAAUAAAAAUUAACUUCAUGAACCUGAAUCUCGCCUUGAAAUCUUAUCGUAACAGCGUGGAGACGUCGUGAGAACAAGAUCUCCUCUUCCCUUGGUGGAGUUUGGGUCACUGCUGUGUUGAUGGGCCUCCCAGAAUUUUUUUUUUACUGCUACACAUAGCCAUGAAUAGAAGCACGUCGACCACAGGUGUCUUGCAAAAUGGAUUAUACUUUUAUAAAAUCUGUGGGAGUGGAAUUUGCAGAUUGCGAGGAUUUGCUGUAAUAAUUAGUAUUUGUUAUUUAUCACCAUUUUCAUUUUGUAAUCUUGCUUAUUCUUCUGUUAAUCAGAAGACACAGUGUGAAGUGUACUAGCUAACUGAUGUCAAUGGUGGCCGAUUUGUGGCCACCAGUCCAGGGACAUCUUCUUUAGAUCACCGACAUUGUGAAUUAUACUAUCAGGAUUUUCAGGGCAAAGCCCAAAUCAUGGUGAUGAACUGGCUGUCUGGGUCUUCAGAUUCAAGCCAACUAAACAGCCAUUUGUCUGAAUCACAGAGGUCAGUUCAUAAACGUUGAGCUGAGGACAUCAAUGAAGUAGUAACGAAGAUCAAUUUGAGGUCCCACCUGAUGUACCUUAUUCAGCAUUCCAGGAAAAGAAGGUGUGCUGUGACCAGGGUACUCCACACAGGGCAUCAUUUUAGAUAAAAUGCUGAAUUUCUAAUUUGAUAAGAUGUAUUUUGAAAGAAUUGAAUCAGCAUAAAAUCUUAGGGGGUUUUCUUUCUGUUCAUAAAGUACUGAGCUGCCUGUCUCCUGUUUUAUUUUUUUUAAUGUUUUGUUCAUCUCUGUUAUGUGGUGUCCAGCUUUCUGUUUGAAAAUCCCACCUGAUGUCAGCACAGCACCUCUGCUACUUGUCGAGGGCUUGCUUCUUUCAUCUACUAUUAAAAAAAAAAAAAAAUGUUGAUUUUAAAAUUCCUGGUGACGCUAGUGUGCAUUAGCCAAAGUCAAUCUGUUUUGUUUUGUAUUCCUGAACAUUUUGUACAUUGCAAGUGAUGUCUGAUAACUCGGGGUGUUGAGCCUUUUGUGCCUUAUUAAAGACAUUCUUCUGACGCUUCUCCAA